AUGAAACAAAACGAAGCAACACAAAUGAAAAAAGUUGAUAAAUUAAAAUCAAAAGAAAAACAGAAGGUUAAUGAAAAUGACAAAAGGUUACACUCCACAAAAAAUAAACAAUCAUGUGACGUCCAUUCAUGUCAAACAACAAAAAAUAACCAGGUGAAAACUCACCGAAAAUCUCGUUCUAUCACAAACUAUUUAUCUAGGCAUCAUGAAAAUGAUCAUGAUGACGAAGAUGAAACAUCGCUAGACUCAGAUGGUAACGGCAUACCGGAUUAUAUGGAAGAUGAAAAUGGCGAUGGUAUUCCGGACUACCUAGAAGAUGAUGAUAAUGAUGGCAUUCCAGAUCAUUUAGAAACUGAUUCAGAUGGAGACGGUAUUCCAGAUUAUAUGGAAGAUGAUGAUGGGGAUGGAAUACCAAACUACCUAGAAGACGAAGAUGAAAAUGGCAUUCCAGAUUACCUGGAAAAUGGUAAAGAGAGCGAAAAUCAAGGUAAGUAUAAAAUAAACGAACGUCCAGUUCGAAAACAUAAAACUAAAGAAAUACGUUCAGAAGAUGAGGAUGGUGACGGAAUUCCAGACUACCUGGAAGACGAUGACGGGGACGGUAUUCCCAAUUAUCUCGAAACGAGUCACCUCAAGAGAGCAAGCAAAUUACCGAAACAUAUCGACAGGGACGGUGAUGGAAUUCCAGACCAUCUAGAGGGUGAUUCUGAUGGUGACGGUAUCCCUGACCACCAGGAAGAUGAGGAUGGUGACGGAAUUCCAGACUACCUGGAAGACGAUGACGGGGACGGUAUUCCCAAUUAUCUCGAAACGAGUCACCUCAAGAGAGCAAGCAAAUUACCGAAACAUAUCGACAGGGACGGUGAUGGAAUUCCAGACCAUCUAGAGGGUGAUUCUGAUGGUGACGGUAUCCCUGACCACCAGGAAGAUGAGGAUGGUGACGGAAUUCCAGACUACCUGGAAGACGAUGACGGGGACGGUAUUCCCAAUUAUCUCGAAACGAGUCACCUCAAGAGAGCAAGCAAAUUACCGAAACAUAUCGACAGGGACGGUGAUGGAAUUCCAGACCAUCUAGAGGGUGAUUCUGAUGGUGACGGUAUCCCUGACCACCAGGAAGAUGAGGAUGGUGACGGAAUUCCAGACUACCUGGAAGACGAUGACGGGGACGGAGAUGAGGAUGGUGACGGAAUUCCAGACUACCUGGAAGACGAUGACGGGGACGGUAUUCCCAAUUAUCUCGAAACGAGUCACCUCAAGAGAGCAAGCAAAUUACCGAAACAUAUCGACAGGGACGGUGAUGGAAUUCCAGACCAUCUAGAGGGUGAUUCUGAUGGUGACGGUAUCCCUGACCACCAGGAAGAUGAGGAUGGUGACGGAAUUCCAGACUACCUGGAAGACGAUGACGGGGACGGUAUUCCCAAUUAUCUCGAAACGAGUCACCUCAAGAGAGCAAGCAAAUUACCGAAACAUAUCGACAGGGACGGUGAUGGAAUUCCAGACCAUCUAGAGGGUGAUUCUGAUGGUGACGGUAUCCCUGACCACCAGGAAGAUGAGGAUGGUGACGGAAUUCCAGACUACCUGGAAGACGAUGACGGGGACGGUAUUCCCAAUUAUCUCGAAACGAGUCACCUCAAGAGAGCAAGCAAAUUACCGAAACAUAUCGACAGGGACGGUGAUGGAAUUCCAGACCAUCUAGAGGGUGAUUCUGAUGGUGACGGUAUCCCUGACCACCAGGAAGAUGAGGAUGGUGACGGAAUUCCAGACUACCUGGAAGACGAUGACGGGGACGGUAUUCCCAAUUAUCUCGAAACGAGUCACCUCAAGAGAGCAAGCAAAUUACCGAAACAUAUCGACAGGGACGGUGAUGGAAUUCCAGACCAUCUAGAGGGUGAUUCUGAUGGUGACGGUAUCCCUGACCACCAGGAAGAUGAGGAUGGUGACGGAAUUCCAGACUACCUGGAAGACGAUGACGGGGACGGUAUUCCCAAUUAUCUCGAAACGAGUCACCUCAAGAGAGCAAGCAAAUUACCGAAACAUAUCGACAGGGACGGUGAUGGAAUUCCAGACCAUCUAGAGGGUGAUUCUGAUGGUGACGGUAUCCCUGACCACCAGGAAGAUGAGGAUGGUGACGGAAUUCCAGACUACCUGGAAGACGAUGACGGGGACGGUAUUCCCAAUUAUCUCGAAACGAGUCACCUCAAGAGAGCAAGCAAAUUACCGAAACAUAUCGACAGGGACGGUGAUGGAAUUCCAGACCAUCUAGAGGGUGAUUCUGAUGGUGACGGUAUCCCUGACCACCAGGAAGAUGAGGAUGGUGACGGAAUUCCAGACUACCUGGAAGACGAUGACGGGGACGGUGAUUCUGAUGGUGACGGUAUCCCUGACCACCAAGAAGAUGAGGAUGGUGACGGAAUUCCAGACUACCUGGAAGACGAUGACGGGGACGGUAUUCCCAAUUAUCUGGAAAAUAAUGGUGCUGCAUCAAUUUAUUUAAAUUUUUUGCGGAAAUCGAUCAUGAAUUUCAAGUCGUCUUAUUCAGACUACAAUGUUAUUCAUGAUUACUUGCGUGGUGACACUGAUGGUGAUGGUGUUCCUGACUAUCUAAAAGAUAGUGAUAAUGACGGAGUAUCAGAUUUUAUGGAAGAUGAUGAUGUUGAUGGAACACCAAAGUAUGUAGAUGUUGAUUCUACAGGACAAUCCCUGCAACAUACAAUUUCGUAUAAAAAACACUACGAUUUCAAUAAAAAUGGCAUACCAGAUGACUUGGAAAGUGAUCAGGAUGGAGAUGGCAUCCUUGACUUCAUGGAAGAUUCUGAUGACGAUGGUAUUCCAGAUUAUCUAGAGGAUUCAGAUAAUGAUGGAUUCCCAAACUAUUUAGAUGAAACAUUUAACUCCAAACGUGAUAUCCAUUUAAAAUUUGAAGAUAAAAAUAAGAAUGGGAUACCGGAUCAUUUAGAAAGUGAUUCUGACUAUGACGGAGUUCUUGACUAUUUAGAAGAUUCUGAUAGAGAUGGUAUACCAGACUAUUUAGAAGAUACUGAUGCAGAUGGUACACCAGAUUACAUGGAUGAAGAUGCUGUUACACAAUUUUCUCCGAGAAAAAUACGCCAUCGUGGAAGCGGUCGAAAAUUUGCUGAUGCUGAUAGAGAUGGUAUACCAGAUCAUUUAGAAGGUGAUAUUAAUCAAAACAAUAUCAUUGACUAUUUAGAAGAUUUGGAUAAUAACAGUAUACCGGAUUAUCUUGAAGAUUCUGACAAAGAUGGUAUACCAGACUAUUUAGACGAAGAUGCUAAUACAAAAUUUUCACCCAAAGUAUUAAGAUCAUUAAAACCAACCAGGCAUUAUGCUGAUAUAGACGGUGAUUACAUACCAGACCAUUUGGAAGAAGAUAAUGAUGGUGAUGGAAUUCCAGACUACCAAGAAGAUUCUGAUUCGAAUGGUAUCCCAGAUUAUUUAGAAGACAGUGAUGGUGAUGGUAUACCGGAUUACAUAGAUGAGGAUGCUACGACACAGUUUUCACCGAAAAAAUAUCGUAAAUUACGUUCUUCUAUGAAAUUUGAAGAUGAAGACGGUGAUGGUAUACCAGAUCAUUUACAAGGUGAUUCCGAUGGCGAUGGAAUUUUAGAUUUUCUUGAAGAUAGCGAUGGUGAUGGGUUACCAGACUAUUUAGAAGAUGCUGACGGUGAUGGUAUUCCAGAUUAUUUAGAUGAAGAUGCAAAUAGUCAAUUUUCACCGAAACAUUUCACUGACAAAAAUAAAGAUGGUAUACCGGAUCAUUUAGAAGGUGAUUCAGACGGUGAUGGUACACCGGAUUAUCUUGAAGAUACUGAUCAAGAUGGUGUCCCAGAUUAUUUAGAAGAUUCCGAUAAUGAUGGUAUACCGAAUUAUUUAGAUAAUGAUGUUGUUGAUGUGGAAGUUGAAGCAGUUAUUGAAGCGUAUGAUAAAGAUACUAACAAUAAUGGGAUGGCAGAUUAUCUAGAAGAUUGGGAUGGUGAUGGUAUACCAAAUUAUCUUGAAGAUGAAGAUCAUGAUGGUAUUGUAGACUUCUUGGAUAAACAAGACAAUCGUUUAUUAAGAAGAUUGACCAAAAAUAAGAAAUCAAAAUUUCAAAAUCCAAAUGAUAAAAAUGCCAAUUUUAUACCAGAUCAUGUAGAGGAUGAUUUAGAUGGUAAUGGAAUUCCAGAAUUUAAACAAGAUUCUGACGGUGAUGGUAUACCGGAUUACUUAGAUGAAGAUUAUUUUCAUCACUUUCUAAAGGAGUCAAAAAAACAUACUAAAAAGAAAAGAAAAGAAAGUAAAAAAUCUUCGAGUAAAAUCAAAGCCGUCCCUGGGAUCCCAGACAGUUUGGAUCAUGAUGCAAAUAGUGAUGGUGUACUGAAAGAGAAAGUUGCCGAUCGAAAUAACAACGGGGUACCAGAUAAUCUAGAGAUGAAGGACUCUGAUAAUGAUGGAAUUCCCGAUGAUCAAGACGAUGACGACGAUAAUGAUGGUAUCAAGGAUUAUCAUGAAGAUCGAAAUGGUAAUCAGAUGUUGGAUAUUCUUGAAGCAAAAGAUACAGAUGGUGAUGGCAUUCCUGAUUAUCUAGAUGACGACGAUGAUGGGGACGGUAUACCUGAUUGCGAUGACGAUGAUGACGAUGGUGAUGGUAUAUUAGACAUUGAUGAAGACGAAAACAGGAAUAAAAUUCCUGACCAUUUAGAAACCGAAGACACUGAUGGGGACGGAAUUAUUGAUCUACUUGAUACAGAUGAUGAUAACGAUAAUAUACCAGACCACUUAGAUAGUGAUUCCAAUGGAGAUGGUAUUGACGAUAAAAAGCAAGACAGAAAUCGUCAUAAAACUACUAAUCCAAAAGAAACUGUCAAGAAAAAUAGAGAAACCAAAACGAUGGUGCAUUCAUCUUCACCUAAAUCUCAACUACCAGGACAUUCAAAAAGCAAAUCACUACCUAAAAAGACAACAGAAGAUUAUGAUAAUGAAGACAGUGAAAAAACUGAUGAUGAUUAUGACAACAAGAAACUAUCUAAAAUGAAAGACAGUGGUAUCAAUAGUGAUAAUGAUGAUGACGAUGAUGAUGAUAACGAUGAAGACGAAGAUGACGCCGAUGGAGCAGAUGAUGGCAAACCUAUGACGAAAACUAGGUCUAUAGUUUUGUCUAUAUUAAAACGAAUCGAAAACAUCUUUGGUGUUGAAGAUGAUGAUGGUGAUCAUGAUGCUGAAGAGGAUGAUUCACAUGAAGAAAUUCAUGAUCAUUAAAAUGUUAUUUUAUCCUCAUUUUUAUACUAAAGAGAUUUCAUAUGAUUUUAUCAAAACUAAAGUUGUUUUAGAACCAUUAAGUAGUACAACCAACCAUUACUACUCAUUCUCAUGACUUAGUUUGCAUCGGUUGAAUAUACUAGCUCAAUUGACAAAUCUAUUGUUAUGAUGUAUGAUAAUGUGCAGUUCUGUACCUUACCAUUUUUUUUCGUUUUAAAGAUAUUCUUACAUACUAACUAAAUCCUUAGAAUAAUACUCUCACACAAUAGCUUCACUUUUCAUCCACUCAGUCUUUUUGUUCUCCCUCUUCAACCCUUCUUUAUUGCUUCAUUUUCGAAUCAGUUAAACUAUCCAUCUUGUAACUUAUCCAAUUUCUUCUUGUUUUUAUUUGCUUUAGUGGAAAUAGAAAGAAUUGAACAGGAAAACAACAAACAAGUACACAAAAGAGACUAGAUUAGAAAAUAACAAGAAAUAUGAAAAUCAAUAGAAUAGAGUUAUAUACAACGUUGAUUUUCCAGCUCUUUUGUUCUGACCAAGUAAUUUUGCAUUUUCGUUGAUUACACACACACAAACUAAACACAUGUUUUAAUGGUACUACUACUACUACCACUGCCUUUCUUUCAACUACUAUGAAUUAGUUAUUCAUUCAUCAACUGUAAUAAACUCUUUGUGAAUGUUUAUUCCUUGUUUUCUUUCGGUUUUUCAGUUUCACUUCUUCAUAAUCCACUAUUUUUCGUUCGUAUACAGUAGAAAUAUUCUGAAAACCCUAUCUCCCUACAUAUAAUGUUUUUAUUUUUCUCUUUUCAACUUUCAAUUUAAAUUAAAUAUAGACACAUUUAAACAAACAAACAAAUUACAGCACAGAAAUUAAAUAUUAUUUAGUUGAGUUUACUUAUUUUCCUUUAGCAUGUUUUCGUUAAUAAAAUUUACUGGUUUUC